UUGUCAUUUUAGAGAUUGUAAUCGUUUUACUCUGUUAGGGGCCUUUCCACAUGCCGAUUACCUAGCACUAAGAACUGACGCCGGGCUCCCAGGCAGCAUAGGGGGGGUCCAUCAUCCUACGGGCUUAUUAUCUUUCGCCUAUUGGCGAGCAUGACGGGCUUUAGGAUAUAGAGCAACCAGUGAGCAUCGUCACAAUGCAAAGUAGAGACACGUACGAAGCCACAUGUCGUCCGCUUUCUCGCUGUAAUAAGUCUACUUAGAAUUUAGGACUUCCUAUUAGGCUCCCGUAGCCUGAUGACUGAUGACUGCAUUUGUAGUUCAUUCGCUUAGAGAGCCUUCAUUGCUAGAGGAUGAUGACCCCGGGCGGUGUGUCACGGGGAUCCGCUCACCUGCGGCAAGCUUGGCCCACCAGAUCCAUGCCUAAAGCAGCGCCCGUACCUGGGCUUUGUUUGCGUUGCGCACAGUACACAGCACACACCAGAGCUGUGCCUGGCAGGGCUGCCUGUGGAUUGUUCACAUUUCACUCAUCAUUCACACUCACUCACGCGCCCGCCGUGUGUUCCUUCCUCAUCCUCGAGUCUCAACAGACUGCAACCGCAACUGCGACCAACUGCAUCUGCACCUGCACCUGCCUUCAUCUUCAAUCCCAAGACAUCCUCAAAUCCACGUCAAUCUUUCCAAUCACAUCUUUACGACUUUUCUGAAUUCCUCACUUCUUCCAUCACGAUACCUCAUCAUCAAUGAUUGUUGGGCUACAUCUCUACACAUAAUGUCAAAGUCGCAACUCGUCAGUCUUGGUUGCGACUUGCCCCUUCUCCCUCACCCAUCCUCAUCCUCUCUUGUCAGGUGAGCACUCGCUGUUGGGCCUGGUCCUCCUGCUCGUCCUCUUGGGUCAUUCCAGUUUACUGCGGCACCCUGAUGCUUGCAAGGGUCAAAUCUGACUACUACACACACCUCUCAGACCAUUGUUUUGUCACUUGCACCGUGAUCUGAUCUGAUCUUCGUCUUGAACCGCCCAAUCCAACCUCACUCUCCAGCAUCACAUCAUGUCUGCUCCAGACCAUGCUCCCAGAAGGACUCCAAGUCGCAGGCUCCAGAAACGAAAUCCUCACCUCAAUCGAUUACCUUCACCUAGCCUGCCUUCUCGUUUGCGUGGCGCCGAUGACGACCAAGAAGAUGUCACCGCAGCCAGUCGUGGCAACAAGACUUCGGCCCAGUACAUGAACCAGUCUAUAUUUUCCAUGAUCGCGGCCGCAGGCUCCAAAACAGAUUUCAAUGCAAGAUUCGACGAGUCCAGCGAUAGUGAGGAUGAUGCUAUCCAGGAAGAGGAUCAAGAUGACUUGCAACACGAAUCCCCUCGACACAUGACCUCGACGUUCGCUCCCUUACACUCCACCUCCACAUCUCACAAAAAGAAACCCUCUCUCUCCGGCAAACUCGCUCAAUCUCUACCUCGACUUUCUGUGAGGUCUGCAAGCAAAAAGCAGACCCGUUCUGCCCCGAAACCUAGCCCUAGCCCUACGAGUGACACAACGUCCAAAUCCGCGACCAGCAACCCGAGAGAAGCCCCUGUCUUGAGCAGACUUCUCACAGCAGAGGCUGAGUUUCAAGAGAAUACCGACCUGGCCUUGGAAGAAUCAUAUCCGGAAGCUUCCACCUCAAGAUCCCGCUCCGAGUCCUCCCCCGAGACCUUACUGGCCAUUAGAUUAAUGGAUAUCUUUGCCCUCGAAAGGCCCGAAAAAGUUGUCGCUGAAUACCCGUGUUGGCUGCUCAAGAGUGUCCUACUUCAAGGCUAUCUAUAUAUAACCAAGCAGCAUCUGUGUUUCUACGCAUAUCUUCCUAAGAAAUCCCACUCUGUCGCAAAGACAGGCUAUCUCGCAAAAAAGGGCCGCACCACGGCAAAAUACAAGAGGUAUUGGUUCUCCCUCAAGGGUGAUGUCCUAUCCUAUUACACCGACCCUUCAGACCUCUAUUUUCCCUCGGGCCACGUCGAUCUGAGGUAUGGCUUGUCAGCCUCCCUCUCUUCUGAUAAGGGUCGACCAGACACCAAGGACUUUACCGUCACCACUGAUCAUCGUACCUACCACUUCCGAGCAGACAGCGCCCAGAGCGCCAAAGAAUGGGUCCAGUCCCUGCAAAAAACGAUCUUCCGCUCCCACAAUGAUGGAGAUAGUGUCAAGAUCUCCCUGCCCUUGCAGAACAUCAUCGACUUUGAAGAGAGUCCCGUCGUCGAGUUUGCUGAAACUGUUAAGCUCAGGGUAGUCGAAAAUGACGACUCGUACGCAAUUGACGAGUACUUCUUCUCCUUCUUUAGCUGUGGACAAGAUGCCCUGACCGUUUUGGGCGAUCUUGUGACCAAAGCUCCCUCAAAAUCUCCACAGAUUGAGACCUCACCUGCGAGACGAGUCACACAAAGCCCUGAUCCUAGUCCUAGAUUCCGCCCAUUUUCUCAACGAGCCAUUUCCGAAGGUGCUGUUCUACGUCCCCGCCAUCGAUCGUCUUCCCCUGCCAGGGACAGUGUCAGAGCCACCUUAGUCCCCUUUUCACUCGGCGAUGAUGGCAAGAUGUCGCCCCGUCUUAGUGGCGAGUUUCAACGCACGGGAAGUCCUUCUCGCUCCAGUGGGGACUUUGGCCCGGACUACGGCAGAGCUAGCUUUGACCGCGGCCGUCGAAGCGGAAGCACUAGUCGUUUGGAGGUGGCCAAAGUCAAGCGCUCCGGUCGUUCUCCACUUGCUAAACAUCAAGAUUCGGAAGACUCAUUCGUGCAAUCGAUAGACAAGGAGACUGAUUCCUCCACUGCACCGCUGUCACCGACCGUCGAAGCACAGAUGUCCGCUAGUCAGAUCUUAACACGAAGUGAUGUCUUUCACCCACCUCCCGUUCGCCGCAUGGCAACAUUGGCCUCAGUCUCGAGUGAAGCUGGCUUGAAGUCCUCCAUGGACGCGACAGUAUUAUCGAGCUCACCUCCACAGGACGGCAGCGCACCCGUCCCCAUCAUUGACAAGUCCGACCCUGCCACCCGUAUGGCCAAAGAUCGCCGCGCAGCCGUCCAACACGACGCGGAUAUGGAUUCUGAAAAGCGAUUCUCUAGUUCUCCCACUCUGCAAGAUAUUGUGAGAGCAGGAUCAUAUCCCCUUCAGAGAGCCGGCGCCUUUGCAGACUACCUCAAGUCACAUUCGGUCAGUAUGAAAAAGCUUCUGACCACCGAGCCCAUGACAUACCUUGAAAAGGUCUCGGGGAUGUGGACCGGUGGUCGCAAACACUAUGGCGAGAAUGAAGGCAUUGUUUCCGAAGACAGAGGCAUUGACCCCGAAGACGAAGAAGCAAAUGUCGGCCACGGAGAUCGUUUUCGUGCCCAUUUCGCCCUUCCCCAGUCUGAGAAAUUACGUGCGACUUACUUUUGCUUCCUUCACCGAGUCCUUCCCCUCUACGGCAAAAUUUACAUCAGUAACCGCAAGUUCUGUUUUCGAAGUCUGCUGCCGGGAACCAGAACCAAACUGGUGCUGCCACUCAAAGACAUUGAGAACGUGGAUAAGGAGAAGGGCUUUAGAUUUGGUUACCAUGGCCUCGUUGUUGUCAUCCGAGGCCACGAAGAGCUCUUUUUCGAAUUUAGCGGCUCCGAGCACCGUGACGACUGCACCGUCACCUUACUUCACAGCCUGGAGAGAGUGCGUUACAUGGUGGGAUCCGGGAUUCUUGGUCAUCAAGACGAGGAUAACGCAGAGAUUGCCAAAGAAGAACAUCGUCUGCUGCAGGAAGCACGAAGAAAGUCGGCUGGCGACCACCAAAUCGUUCUGCCCGACACGGCCGAGGCCAUCUUCAGCCAUGAAGACCGUCGAGAAGUGCUUUUCGAGGAUCCUCGAGCUGACAUUAUCAAAUUCAAGCCCGCCCAAUCCCUUCGCAUCACAUGUCUCACCAUUGGGUCGAGGGGGGACGUGCAGCCAUAUAUUGCUUUGUGCAAAGGUCUCCUAGCUGAAGGCCACAAGCCACGCAUCGCCACUCAUGCAGAGUUUGGUCCGUGGGUGAUACAGCAUGGCAUUGACUUCCGACCUGUCGACGGUGACCCUGCGGAAUUGAUGCGAAUAUGUGUCGAAAAUGGCAUGUUCACCUACUCUUUCCUCCGCGAAGCGUCGGCCAAGUUUCGCAGCUGGAUCGAUGAAUUGCUCUCGUCAGCCUGGGAAGCUUGUCAAGACAGCGACCUGUUGAUUGAGUCACCGAGUGCGAUGGCCGGAAUCCACAUUGCCGAAGCGAUGCGCAUUCCCUACUUCCGCGCCUUCACGAUGCCCUGGACACGAACCAGAGGCUAUCCUCAUGCCUUUGCGGUUCCAGAGCAUAAAAUGGGCGGCGCAUACAACUACUAUUCGUAUGUCAUGUUUGACAACGUCUUUUGGAAAGCUAUUGCGGGCCAGGUCAACCGCUGGCGAAAGAAGGAGCUUGGCCUGAGAAGUACAAAUCUUGACAAAAUGCAACCGAACAAAGUACCGUUCUUGUACAACUUCUCACCUCAUGUGGUAGUACCACCCCUGGAUUACAGCGAUUGGGUUCGUGUCACCGGCUACUGGUUUCUUGACGAGGCCAAAGAUUGGACACCGCCGAAAGAACUGACCGACUUUAUCGCCAAGGCACGUGCAGACCAGAAGAAACUUGUAUACAUUGGCUUUGGCUCGAUCGUGGUCUCUGAUCCGGCGGCUCUGACCAAAACCGUGGUCGAUAGUGUUCUGAAGGCCGACGUGCGUUGCAUCCUAUCCAAAGGCUGGAGUGAUCGCCUGGGAGAUCCUAGUGCUGUCAAGACAGAGGUCCCUCUGCCACCAGAGAUCCACCAAAUAAAAUCAGCCCCGCACGACUGGCUUUUUACCCAAAUCGAUGCUGCCGUGCAUCACGGAGGAGCCGGUACCACAGGAGCCAGCCUAAGAGCAGGGGUGCCCACUGUAAUCAAACCAUUUUUUGGCGACCAGUUCUUUUUCGGCACCCGGGUUGAGGAUCUUGGUGUUGGACUGUGUCUGAAAAAGGUCAACGUCAGUCUGUUUUCGCGGGCAUUGUGGGAAGCUGUCCACAGUGAACGGAUGAUUGUGAAAGCAAGAUUGCUAGGGGAGAAAAUCAGACAGGUAAGCUUGAAUUCUCGUAUUCUCUUUUUGACAUAUUCUGCCCGUCCGCCGGCUUGUUCUUUUUCCGACCAAAGCGAUGUACCACUCACAUGACCACUCUCAACGCAGGAGAACGGAGUCCAGACUGCAAUCCAUGCUCUGUACCGAGACCUCGAGUACGCACAUUCGCUUGUGAAGGCUGCACAAGAUUACAAUGCCAACGCACCCAUCGAUCCCGAUGAGGGUGAUGCAAUCGAGGAGAAUUGGACUUUUAUUGGCGACGAGUCUGACCCCGAAUUGAAAAGGCAAAUUCAGGAGUGGGAACCACCAAGCCGUGGUCGUGCCCCUCGUGUCAGCCUCGACCGAAUUGGCACCGGGGCCAGGGGUAUACAUGACGGUGAACUUGGACGCAAGGGAAGUGUCAAGAAAUAGUACUAUUGACCAGAAUUGAUAUGUGUGAGGUACAAGAUGCAAGAUUUGAUCGGUUUCGACCAUUAAAGAGCUGUUUGACAUGACAAAGGUUACGCGAUUUGAUUCGUUUAUUUGUCUACCUACCGGACAAGGAUGGAGCGUCGAGAUACACUGUGCACGGUCAGUGGUUCGACUGAACGGGUGUCUCAUAAAGUGGCUAGCGAGCGGCGUACAGGAGUGUUGGAUUGAGCCAAAGACCUGGAUUUUGACAUCCAGAUAAGCAGGAGAGGUGAAGUUUCACUUAUUUCAGGGAGUCAAGAAUGAAGAGGCACGAGCGGGAAUGGAUGUGAGACGACCGUAAUGAGUAUUUUCAUGUUCCUGACGAUGCGUACGAUAUCAUCAGGAGUUGUCUGGUCACAAGAGGCUAAGAUGAUGAGGUAUUCAGACCAGGAGAGAAGAGAUUUGGACAGUAGAAGUCUCGCUGAUGAUAAUGUUUAAUGUUAACGACUUCAAUCCACUGAAGAGGCUCAGCGUAAACAUGGAAGAGAAGGUACAAGAUCCUGAGCCCAUGAAAUACUCGAUGAGGUCAAAGCCAUAAUGAAUAUGGUGAUUGAUGGUAACCCUUUGACCGUAGGUAUUUACGGUAUUACAA